AAAGUUAAAAAAAAAAAAAUCCUAAAAGCAAGUGUAGCGGUUCCUGCCUGAUGCCUAUAGUAGACUUGAGUUUCAUUCAUCCAGAGGUAGACGAAGAAAAAAAAAACAAUGGAGAAACGGACAGUAUACAUAUGGCUAUUAUCAAUACUCACUUUCGUAGUUCUGAUGAUCUUCACUCCUGCUAUUCCUCAAUCUCAAGAGUAUCACAAUUUUGCUGAUCAACGUCAAUUUUUAGGAAUCCCCAAUAUGCUCAAUGUCAUUUCCAACAUCCCUUUUCUUGUUAUUGGUCUUAUAGGACUUGUGCUUUGCCACUACAGAAAUUAUUUUAAGUUGAGCCUACAAGGUGAAGUUUGGGGUUGGAGCUGUUUCUAUAUUGGUGUUGCAGCUGUUGGUAUUGGCUCUUCAUACUAUCACCUCCAACCAAAUGAUGCUAGUCUUGUGUGGGAUCGAUUGCCGAUGACUUUUGCGUUCACAUCACUUGUUGCAAUUUUUAUUAUUGAGAGGGUUGAUGAACAGAAGGGGACUGCUUCACUACUGCCUCUGCUUUUAGCUGGCAUAAUUAGCAUUCUGUAUUGGCGGUUUUUUGAUGAUCUUCGCCCAUAUGCAGUGGUGCAGUUUGUGCCGUGCAUAGCCUUACCAUUGAUGGCUAUUUUGUUGCCAUCCAUGUAUACACAUUCCGCUUACUGGCUCUGGGCGGCAGCUUUCUAUCUGCUUGCAAAGAUUGCAGAAGCAGAAGAUAAACCUAUUUAUGAGUUGACUCAUCACGUCGUCAGCGGACACACUCUGAAGCAUUUAUCUGCUGCACUUGUCCCUGUGUUCCUUACACUCAUGCUUACAAAGAGAACUGUUGAAACACAGAGGGUGAGUUUGCUCAGGGCCUGGAGAAUUUCGUGGACAAAGGUACAAAAAGAUGAGUCCAGGAUACCGAGUUCUGAAUACUCUAUUGUUUCUUCUCAAGAAUGACGAGAAUUCAUACAAGCGCAGUAAUUUAGUUUAGUAUCUGAAUACAAACAAAGUGACAGAAUGCUGAGACGAAAUAGGCUGGUUGGUGAAGUUGGUUUUUCUUCUCCUCUCAGGCUCUCACUAUAAUCCUGUAGUUCACUAUUUUUCAUCUUUACCUGUAAAAAUACAAAUUGUAAAGUGUGAAGAAAAAUGUAAUUGACUGAUAGGUAAGCGCCAAAUACGCAAAUUACGCAAAUAUCUUGGUCAUCGUGUUAUGAAUUUACCUGUAUAUCUGAAGAUGAUGUUGUAGAUUAUGUUUUUGAGAUUAAGGUUUAAUAGGAAACAAUGUUUGUUAUCACAAA